AUGACGGUUGAUUACUUUACCCGCAAACAGUCAUAUUCGGGGUUGAGUGAUGGGACUGACUCUCCUGGGAGCCCUUUGGCAUCAAGGACCAACCCAUUAUCUUCAAAAGUCACGAGUGUCCUUUCAGCAACUUAUGCCGAUUCAGAUAUUAGAGAUGCUCUGUCCUUAUUAGACAAACGAGGUAUUCAAAAUACUGCUGAGACUAGACGGCAGUUAAGGUUAGAUGUUCAAAAGGAGGUUAUUGAAAGUAAUGGCGACAUAAUUCGUGAAUUUGGCCAUGUUGCAGAGCAACUUAAACGUAUUGGUCUUACUAUUGCUACUUUGAAUCAAGGAUGUGAAGAGAUGAAGCGCCAUAUUUCGGCCGCCCAUCAAGAAACAGCUCCUGUCAUACAGGAAGCUUCCGAGCUCAUGAAGCAAAGGCAGCAAAUGCAAGCAAAGCAAGAAUUAUUGAAUGCCUUCAAUGCCCAUUUUGUUAUGUCAGAUGAUGAUAUUGCACUACUUACUUCAACGGCUGAGCCUGUGAACGACAGAUUUUUCUCCAUCCUUAACAGAGCGAAGAAAAUUCAAAUUGAUUGUGAGAUUCUACUUGGGACGGAGAAUCAACGGCUAGGAUUGGAAAUUAUGGAGCAAACCUCGAAAAGUCUCAAUGGUGCUUUCCAAAAACUUUAUCGGUGGAUACAGAGAGAGUUCAAGACACUCAAUCUGGAAAAUCCACAGAUAAGUUCUUCAAUCCGCAGAGCCCUUCGAGUCCUAGCAGAACGACCCUCGCUAUUCCAAAGCUGUCUUGACUUUUUUGCUGAAGCACGAGAGAAUAUACUCUCUGAUGGGUUCUACACUGCACUGACGGGUACCACCGUUGCAGGCGAUGAGGAUUCUUUGAUAAAGCCAAUCGAGUUGGUAGCUCAUGAUCCAUUACGUUAUGUGGGAGACAUGCUAGCAUGGACUCAUUCAGCCACGGUAGGCGAAAGAGAAGCUCUCGAAGUACUUUUUAUCUCAGAUGGUGAUGAAAUUGCAAAAGGAAUACAAGCCGGGCUAGACAGUGAACCUUGGAAUCGUAUAUCAGAAAAGGAGGAUGAAAUUGGCCACUUCGAUGGUUUGAAAGCUCUCAACGAAUUGGUAGACCGGGAUGUCACAGGCGUCGCACGGGUUCUACGCCAAAGAAUUAGCCAAGUGAUACAAAGUCACGAAGAGACAAUCAUGGCAUAUAAAAUAGCAAAUCUGUUGAAUUUCUACCGCGGUACAUUCAAAAGGUUGCUGGGAGAUGAGUCCGUCCUCCUCGACUCACUCGCAACCCUCGAAGAGACGGCUUUACGUCAAUUCCGCGCCUUAAUGCGCGAUCAUAUCACCAGUCUCCAAGCCGAAACCCAAAUUGCCCCUCCUAACCUCGGUCCCCCUGAUUUUCUUCACGAGAACCUCAAACAGCUUACUGCCAUCAUGAAAACAUACGAAACAUCCUUCACAUCCCCGGAAACCAGAGAAGUCGAUUUCGAGCCCAUUCUCACCGAAGCAUUUGACCCAUUCAUGAAAGGCAGUGAAAGCAUCGCGAAGGAUCUCCCAACACCCAACUGCACAAUCUUCACAAUUAAUUGUCUCCUAUCCGCCCAAGCAACCCUGGCCCCCUUCGACUUCACCGCCUCCCGCGUACAAGAAAUUAAAGAUACCAUAGAAGAACAUGCCACUGCUCUCAUAGACCACCAAUACAAAUUUUUGCUCGAAAAGUCUGCCUUGCAACCCCUUCUACAAGUACUAUCCACCACCACAGAUAUCAGAGACCACCCAGUAUUCCAACCUACCUCCCUAAUUCAAGCCUCUCAAACUCUAGAUGCUUUCUUACCAUCAGCAUUGAUGGACGCGAUGGAGAAUCUCAAAGAUUUACAAAGCAGUAUAUUAGUAAGACAAAUAACCGAAGAAGCGGCAGAGAGAUUCUGUGAUGAUUUUGAGAAGGUAGAAGAGAGACUUAUGAAGGCCGAUGAAGAGUUGGAAGAGAGCUUGGAUGAGGAUGAUGAAGAGCGGGAACCACUACGAGUGUUGUAUCCGAGGACUGGGGGAGAAAUUAGGGUUUUGUUGUCGUAA